GAGUACAAAAGAAGGGCAACCCGAUUUGGAGUCAGAGGAUCACCCUAUGCGGUUUCUGAUCUCGGCGAAGAGGAAAGUGAAGAAAAGACUGAAAGUGAUUCAGAUUAUGAGGUUUCCGAGAGGCGCCUAAGGGUAAGGUAAGGUGGUGAACAUGGGAAAGAAGAAGCCAUAUCUAGACUGUCUUAUUCUUUCAAUGAGUUUACGACUUCUUCGCUUUUCAGUCUGGGGAGUGAAGCUAGACUGAAGAGAUGAAAGCGCUUGACUUGUUAGAGAGAGAAGAUUCUUUUAGAGAGGUGAAGGGAGAGAGACUGUCCUAAGGUGCGAAGAAAAGAUAGAACUCUAGUGAAGACAGUAGGGGGCCCCUUGAGUGCGAAUCUGGUGCACAUGACAUGUUAGCAGUUGCAGGGGCAGGCGAGAGAGAUAUAUAUUGACUUAAGGGAAAGUCCCUUAACUGCAAAUUCCUCUAAAAGGAUAGGAUUGAUGUGGCCUGAAUAGGCUGCUAUUGAAGUUCAAUUUAAAUAAUAAGAAAAAAGCCGAAUUAUGUACUAGCAUAAAGGGCGAAAGAGCUCUUUUAGUAGGGCACUCCCUAACAAGGAAAAUGACAGCAAGGGAAGGAAAAAGUCUCUGACUUGAAUUUCUUUUUACCGACCCUUUCAUUCAAUAACUAGACAAGCCGGUCGUCCUACAGGACAUCUGAUCUCUUUCGGAGAGAAGUUGAGUCAUGACAUGCUUUCUGUCUCAAGCCAUGAGAGAAGCUGUGAUCGAGACAGUCCCGCUAAGCCAGUCACCGUAAAAGAAUGGAGUCAGGGACGACCACAGCGGAUAUGCGUCUUCAAUCCGCUAAGAAAGGUAGAAAUGCCUAUAACAUAAGAUGGACACCCUUGUCACAUAUCAGCUGCUACUUGGAAUCUUCCUUCACAUCGCAUAUACGCUACAAGAAGAGAUAGUUGUGAGGAAGAAGGGAAUGUAAUAUUUUUCCAAAAGACACUCAUUACUGGUUGAGCUGAUACGAGUUGUUUCAAAUCGGAUGCUAAAAAACCUAUCUUUAUCAUCCCCCUCUUCUCUCUCAAAAGGCUCAAUCAGUCCGCUUGCUAACCCGCCCUUUCACGGCACUAGGCUUUGACGUGAAAUGACCCGCCUAGACUGGAAUUCCUCUAUUAAGAUAUAUAGACAUCAGUUUAAAUUAAAUAAGUUUGCCGUUA